AUUGCCUGCAAAUUGUCUGUUUUUUACAGAACAUUAAAUGGUGUAAAUUAAAAGUUGCAAAAUGACUUUCAAACUCAUAAGAUGCUGUAUGAUGUUAAAUCUCAUUGUGUGAUUCAUUAUGUAGUAGGGAAUCUGUGUUGUGGUCUAGACAGGAUAUAAAUGUUUGUUGUUGUUACUCUAACCACGCCUCCUUCGAAUACAUUAAGUAAGGUAUAAAUUACAGUCAGCUUGUCGUUAUUGAAACAUACUGUAAACCCUGACAGGGUGAUCAGGACCCCGAAGGCAAGUCAGCUUUUUCCACAGCUCCUUAACCAAUGAAUGCGUUUUUAGCCUAACUUUUUAUUUGGUAUGCUGGUUGUGACAUCAUGAAAUGGCAAAGCAUACUCAGCAUUUUUUAUGUUAUUUCCUUGUAAUAAGGCUAAAUUUGGCUGUUUAUGAAAAAUAUUACAUUUGCCUUUCUCUAUCAUCUCUAUGAUGGUUAGAUUGUCUCCUAUACUAGCUUAUAAAUUCCACUGAUCACAAUGGUACAUUGUGACAUUAUCAAGCAGGGAAGGUGCAGAACAGGGGAUUAUGAAUACUGAGAACAACAUAUGUAACCGUGCACACCAUUUACUUUGGCAAAGGAUUAAUAUAAUGUGUUCUGUUUUUUUUUAAUUUCCAGAUCACUUCUGUGAUUGAUGAGGAUAUGUGAGUGAAUUUGCCAAACACUGAACAAAGAAAUCUACUGCAUCCUCCGGGCCAACCACUGCUUGCGCGGACAGGGCCUGGCCAGAAGAUUAUGUGCUAAUUAGACAAGAACUUUAAUGGCUUCCAGGUAGAGAGAAAGAGGCAGCAGUCAAGAUGAACUCGAUUCCUUCGAUGGACAGGCACAUACAGCAGACCAAUGACAGGCUGCUGUGCAUCAAACAGUUCGAACAGCACUUACAGAAUCCGGCCAAUUUCCAGACAGCGGCGACGGAGCUACUGGACUGGUGUGGAGACCCACGAGCCUUCCAGCGGCCAUUUGAGCAAAGCCUUAUGGGAUGCUUGACGGUUGUAAGUCGCGUGGCAGCGCAGCAGGGUUUUGACUUGGACCUCGGCUAUCGGCUCCUGGCCGUGUGUGCGGCCAACCGCGACAAGUUCACCCCUAAGUCGGCAGGUGAGAAGCGCUUCUCUCAUUGCGAUGUUUCUUCACACUCAUCAUUGCUACAGACACUCUGCCUGUAAUGAAUCCACAUUUCUCAUUUAGCGAUGUGACAGGAAAUCUUUUAAUUGCGGCAUUAUGCAAUCAUAGCGCAUGGCCAUGCAUUAGCAUGCUUUCACUUUCCUUUGUCCGACACUCACUCAUCUCCUUAAGACGAUUUAACUUGCCGAGGUUGUCUUUUCCUGACAAUUUUACACAUGGAGCUCUCGGCGUGCCAGAAGCACCCCCGAAUAAUGCAUUGAUAAGCCGCCAGAGUUCACUUUCCAAGAAUCAUCCAUCAGCAGAGCAGCAUUGCUUUGUAAUCAGCUCUGUUUGAAAUCCUGACCUUCUCAGCCAAAGCUGAGUGUCCUGUUCUUGUACAUUUGUCAAAGUGAAUUGCGGACGGGCAUCGGCCAAACAGAGAUAGAUGGCCCGCAAGCGCCGGGGUUGAGGUGUGUGAGUGUACUUCAUUUGAGAAAGGCCUGACAUGGCUCGCUGUGGAGAAUGAAGAUAAACUGUCCAUUUGAAUCACGGUUACUGUGGGACACCUUGGGCUUCCAGAAACAUUUUUUUUUGUUCAUAUUUCUCUUUUUAGA